UUUAUUAUAACUGGACACAUUAUUUGCUUACAAGUGGACAUUUCAAGGUAUUAAAUUUUAGAGAGAUGGCUUUCAUUCAUUUGGAUAUCAGAUGCCUAUAUGCCAUUGUUAUUUACACAGCAUUUGGCUCUACUUUGUCUUCAAACGCUGAGAUUAAAGUUAAUCCUCCUCAAGAUUUUGAGAUAGUGGAUCCUGGAUAUUUAGGUUAUCUCUAUUUGCAAUGGCAACCUCCACUGUUUCCGGAUAAUUGUAAGGAGUGCAUAGUAGAGUAUGAAUUAAAAUACCGAAAUAUUGAUAGUGAAAACUGGAAGACGAUCAUUACUAAGAAUCUACAUUACAAAGAUGGGUUUGAUCUUAACAAAGGUGUUGAAGCAAAGAUACAUACACUUCUGCAAGGGCAAUGCACAAAUGGAUCCGAAGUUCAGAGUUCAUGGUCAGAAGCUACUUAUUGGACAUCACCUCAAGGAGAUUUGGAAACUAAAGUUCAGGAUAUGAACUGCAUAUAUUAUAACUGGCAAUAUUUACUCUGCUCUUGGAAUCUUGGCACGGGUGUUCAUUUUGAUACCAAUUACAACUUGUUUUACUGGUAUGAGGGCUUGGACCAUGCAUUACAGUGUACUGACUACAUAAAGGGUAAUGGAAAAAAUAUUGGAUGCAGGUUUCCUUAUUUGGAGUCACCAGACUAUAAAGAUUUCUACAUCUGUGUUAAUGGAUCAUCAAAAUCCCAGCUUAUCAGACCCAGCUAUUUCAUUUUUCAGCUUCAAAAUAUAGUUAAACCUUUGCCACCCGACUAUCUUAGUAUUACUGUGAAGAAUUCAGAAGAAAUUAACCUGAAAUGGAACGUACCUAAUGGACCCAUUCCACCAAAGUGUUUCAUUUAUGAAAUUAAGUUCACAGAAGAUGAUACUACCUGGGUGACUACCACUUUUGAAAAUGAAAUAUAUGUCACAAGAACAUCAAAUCAAAGCCAACAAUUAUGCUUUUUAGUGAGAAGCAGAAUGAAUAUUUAUUGCUCUGAUGAUGGAAUUUGGAGUGAAUGGAGUGAUACACAAUGCUGGAGAGGUGGCAUAAGGAAGGAAAUCUUGCUAUUUUUCUUGACACCAUUUGCUUUUGUCUUAAUUUUUAUUCUGUUAAUAAGUUGCCUGCUUACUUCUAAGCACAAAGCUUUACUAAAAAUGGUGUUUCAUACAAAACAAGAAGUCUUUUCUCAUCAAGAGACACUCUGUUGACUCAGUCAUUUUUUCUUAUGGCCAA